AUGGGUGUGGAUUGGACCAUCGAUGAGACCCACAUGGAUUGCAGAUAUCUCAAUCGCCAUGGCAACACCACGAUCAAGGUGGAACCCCACACAGGUGUCUUCAGAGCUCUGUGCCCAGGGUGUUUCAGUAUCUGUGAGGUUCAAGAGCUUCUGUACAGUAAGACUUGCUGUACAGGAAAAGGUGUCUCAGAGACUGUUGGGCACAUCAGUAAAACUUUAGGCUUACCUGAUAAGCAAGAAGCUGAGUUCAUGGAACCAGAGGGGAGGGACAAACUGGUGACAGACAUGGGUGGCAUGGAAAAUAAGUCUAAAUUUGAUGGAAAUACCAUACCCAAAGCGUCACCUGCUGCCUAUAAAGUCAGAGCUGCUGUGACCUUUACAGUGACACGCAGUCCUGGCUGGCAAUCCAGAAGUGACUGGUCAGUUCCUGCUUUCUAUGUGAUCCACGGUAGUUGUCAUGGUGGGGAAGAGCUGGCAGUGCGGGAGGACAUAGUCCUCCUGGUUGGAGCUGUGCCCAAUCAGAAGGACAUCAUCAAAAACAAAUAUAGCAAAGACACCUCCCAUGUGCAGGAUGAGGGGCAUUUUGCUCUUGACUUCCUAGAGCAGAGGUCAGCAAAGUGUGGCUCACAGGCCAUAAUCCAGCCAACUACCUGUUAUCACGUGGCCCUCAAGCCAAGAAUACUUGGACAUUUUUUAAAAGCCAGGCUGGUGACUGGGUGCAAGUACUUCAUCAAGGACUACCCAGUGGUGUCUGCUGAAGAUGCCUUAGACCAAGAUGACCAGAAAGCUUGCAGGGAUUCUGGAGGCAGAGGUACAAUCAGAUCAGCUGUGAACAGCUUACAUAGCAAAUCUAAUAGAGCUGAAGUUGUAAUAAAUGGUUCCUCAUCGCCAGCUGUUGUUGACAGAAGUAAUGAAAGCAUUAAGCACAACAUCCAGCCCGCCUCGGCCAAGUGGAGGCACAACCAGACGCUGUCUCUAAGGAUCAGGAAGCAGAUCUUGAAGUUCUUGGAUGCUGAAAAGGACAUUUCUGUCCUCAAGGGGACCCUGAAGCCCGGAGACAUUAUUCAUUACAUCUUCGACCGUGACAGCACAAUGAACGUGUCCCAGAACCUCUACGAUCUGCUCCCCAGAACGUCUCCGCUGAAGAACAAGCACUUCCAGACUUGUGCCAUCGUGGGCAACUCGGGGGUCUUGCUGAACAGCGGCUGCGGGCAGGAGAUUGACACGCACAGCUUUGUCAUAAGGUGCAACCUGGCCCCCGUGCAGGAAUAUGCCCGGGAUGUGGGGCUCAAGACAGACCUGGUGACCAUGAACCCCUCCGUCAUCCAACGGGCCUUUGAGGACUUGGUCAACGCCACUUGGCGGGAGAAGUUGCUGCAGCGACUGCACAGUCUCAAUGGCAGCAUCCUGUGGAUUCCCGCCUUCAUGGCCAGGGGCGGCAAGGAGCGCGUUGAGUGGGUCAACGAGCUCAUCCUGAAGCACCGCGUCAACGUGCGAACCGCAUACCCCUCUCUGCGCCUGCUGCACGCCGUCCGCGGAUACUGGCUGACCAACAAAGUCCACAUCAAAAGACCCACCACCGGUCUCUUGAUGUACACCCUGGCCACACGUUUCUGCAACCAGAUCUACCUCUAUGGCUUCUGGCCCUUUCCACUAGAUCAGAACCAGAACCCCGUCAAGUACCACUAUUACGACAGCCUCAAGUAUGGCUACACCUCCCAGGCCAGCCCCCACACCAUGCCUUUGGAGUUCAAGGCCCUCAAGAGCCUGCAUGAGCAGGGGGCUUUGAAACUGACUGUUGGCCAGUGUGACGGGGCCACGUAA